AAAGCCUAUCAUAAUACAUUUUACCCUUUUCUCCCUCCUCUCAAGUCUACGUCCAACCAAUUAAGCUCAUGGACAGAAGAAAUUAUUACGUGACGGCCGUAAUAAUCUCUCGACAGCCUGUUCUCCUUUAAUAAAUCCUCGCCGGUUCCUUCCACCGCGAGAUCUACUUCCAACUCCCGUCAAUGGCUUCAAUUUCCGCCCAGUUACUGACUCUGCUGCUUCCUCUCCUUCUCCUCUUCGCCCACUGCUCGGUCGCAGACCACGACUCUCCCGAGUUUGCCCCAGUGCCCGCUCCUCUCCCCGGCGGCCGAGCAUCGGCGCCGCCCUUUAAAGAAACAUCAGAGUCAUUAUCCCCAUCCCCGCUCUCUCCGUUGUCAGAUCCGUCGCCAGAUCUAGCGCCGCAUCAUUCUCCGUCUCCACCAGUUUCCGCGCCUUUCCCCUCUCCUGAAGAGGAGCCGACUUCGUCUACCUUUUCGACGCCUCCGUUUGAUCUGAUCGAAGGGGGAGAUGAAAGCGACGUGCAGGCUAGUGUAGCUGAGAAGGAGAAAAGCUCCGUUGAUAGUGGCGGAGGGAUGACCGGUGGGAAGAAGGCUGCAGUGGCGAUCGCGGCGGUGGCCGGAGUGGCGCUGGUGGGGGUGGGGGCUUUGGUUUACAAGAAGCGGCAGGAUAACAUCCGGCGGGCCAGGUAUGGAUACGCCACCAGGAGGGAUUUGUUGUAAGAGUCGUAAGAGCUGAAAACUUGAACGCAAUGGGCUGGAUUUCUAGAUCUGAUUGAUUGAUUGUAUCUCGAAUCUCGAUACCUUUUUCUUCACUAUUUUUCUUCCAUAAGUGUUCAUUACUGGUUCCACGCUUCCAGUUACAGCAGAUCAGGAAUCAAUGUGAGUUUUGGUAGACGAAGAUCUUAUGUUCUCUACUCAGUUAGAUUGGAAGAGAUCGAUUUGUUUGAUUUGUCUGUUUCUAUUGCUGAAUUAAUGAAAUAAAGAAACAAUGAGACGCAAGCAUCUUAGUUAAA